AUGAAAACAGAUACAAAAGCAAUAGAUGUUGCAACAACAGUAACACCAAAAAUACAAGACAUUUUACAUAACACAAAUGCUACUGAAUUACAACACUUGCUCAAUAAUUCUCGCAGGAUAAUUUAUGGCACCGAAGCUGGUCCAAAUAGACCGUAUAUGGUAUAUUUAAAACUACCGCCAAACAAUCCCAAAUAUAAGGACUACCGCCGGUGGUUAUGCGGUGGGGUUAUUGUCCAUGAAGAGUACAUUCUUACAUCGGCCGCCUGUAUCGAGGAUGCCAAGCAUUUCUAUGUGGUAUCUGGAACUUCAGUUCAUGAUGAACGUAAUGACCGUUUUUCUAACGCUUGUUUUAAAAAUGGUGCCAAGAAAGCCAUUUGGAAAUGUAUUCCUAGAAAUUAUGUCUUCGAUGGCCACGAAAACGAUAAUCUAAGAUGGAUGAACAAUGAUAUUGCAGUCGUUAAAGUGGAAGAAGAGUUUGAUUUUACAAGGAAAAUUAGAGGCUGCGAUUUUAUACCGCGUCCUAUAUGUUAUAAUAAUCAAAGUAGUUCUUUAGAAUCACCUGGAACAGUCGCUUCCAUUGCUGGAUGGGGGAGUACUGAUAAGUAUAAUGAUAUGUCAGUACAAAAACAAGAGCUUCUAGAAACUUCAGUUCAAAUUAUAUCGAAAAACCGAUGCAAAAGGAGAUGGGGUCGCCGAUACCACAAUAUUAUUGAUAACUAUAUGAUUUGUUCUAAGGAUUUAGUUCCUGAUCUCAGUGAGAUAUGUCAGGAAAAAUAUGCCGACUGUACUGAUGUAAUGUAUUCAGGAGAAUCGGGAGAAGAAUUAAGGAAGGUCUUGAAUCCAAAUCAACUAAAAUUGCAUUCUGCAUAUCAUAAUGAAGAUGGGAGACGACAAGAGAUAUCUCGUAGUGGAGGAUUCUGUGAAAAUGACCAUGGGGGCCCUCUCGUCUACGGUACCGGACCCAACUCUGUCGUAAUCGGCAUCAUCUCAGCAUGUCUCGUCAAGGAGAGGACCAAUAAGUGUUAUGGACCUUUCUUGUAUACAAGCGUUUAUAAGAAUAGAGUACUCAUCAACUGUGCCAUAUACAAGGAUCUCGCUGCAGAUUGCGAUAAGCUUUUUAGAUCUAGCAUCACGCAUACUGAAGUUGAGAUGAGUUGGAUGGACCAUCCUGAUGGGCCUGGUAAAAAUGAAUUAAAAAAGAUGAGAAGAAAUGAAAUAGAUAAAAUGAAACCAAGUGAUGAAACUGCUACUAAUACUACGGCAGGGAAAACUGACAAUGUAGACAAGGCUGAACAACAUAGAGGUGUUAUUGUUAGAACAAGUAACGAUCCAGAAGACAAACAGAAGAUAGCAGUGAAUGCUACUACAUAG